GUCUCUAGUCAUUGAAUUAGCUGCCAUAGAGCGAUCACCACGGCAGACACGAAAACGCAGAUAAAUUUUCGUAUACUUAAUCAUUUCUUUGUGAAACCAGUGAUAUCAGCUGCGGAAAAAUGUCUGACUGGGAUACGGUCACGAUUCUUCGUAAGAAACCACCAAAAGCGUCUGCUUUGAAGACUGAACAAGCUGUAAAUGCGGCACGCCGUCAAGGUCUACCAGUUGAAACUCAACAAAAAUAUGGAGCUGGAACUAAUAAACAACACGUUACUACUAAAAACACGGCUAAACUCGACAGAGAGACUGAAGAAUUGCGCCACGAAAAAGUACCUCUUGACCUGGGAAAACUUAUAAUGCAAGGAAGGCAGUCUAAAGGAAUGAGUCAAAAAGAUUUGGCAACAAAGAUCUGCGAGAAACCUCAAAUUGUCAAUGAUUAUGAGGCCGGUCGAGGCAUUCCAAACAACAUUGUUCUUGGUAAAAUAGAAAGGGCAAUUGGAAUAAAACUUCGAGGAAAAGAACGUGGCCAGCCACUACAGCCUCCUGGAGGAAAGAAAUAACGGAUUCCCUGGGAGGCGAAGACUUAACUCCGAUUUGUUUAUUGCAUAAUUUUAAUUCUAUCUCAUUUUUGCUGUUGAAUGUGUUCUUUUAAUAAUUGUAUACUUACUAAAACUAACAAAAGUAAAAUGAUGUAAGCAUUUAUUUUCCUCUGGAAUGUUCCAUCUGUGAUUUACAAUGUGUUACCACCAAGGAAAAAAUGUUCUAUCAGAUUACUGAAAAUAUUCACAAUGAAUUUGGAGAUAGUGGUGGAUUGGUGAUGUGAUAUGCAAUAAAGUAGCUAUUUAUGAUAGUUCAUCUUUUAUUUGUAAACAAGCAAGUACCAUUCUAGUAAAAAGAGGUACUUUUGUAGGUUAUGUUCCAAAAAAAAGUCUGUGGUUAUGUAUGAGCAUGAAUGAAUGAUUUAGGUUACGACUUUACGAGAUUGACAUUUCCCUAGUUUCGUUAGCUUGUUGGAAAAAAAUUACUAAUACGAAAAUAACUUUAAUUUUUAAUAAAACAACAUAUAUUUUAUUUCGUAACGUUAUGAAAAUCUUGAAAGAGAUAUCUUAAAUUGUCGUAUAUCAGUUGCAUUUUAGUAUUAAUAUUUUAUCCCUCAGCAGAACAACACAAGUUUGUUCUGUAUUCUGAGCUCUAUCCAUAGUUCCCAGCCCUAACUAAUUGAUUAUUAUUUUUGUUGUUUAAAAUAGGGCAAAAGUUGGUUAUACUACACCAAGGUUCAAGAAUCAUAUUAUUCGAAAUGUACUGUUAAAAAUCUUCGAGAGAUUUUGGGGCCCUCGUUGAUCCUAGGAAAAUUGGGGUUCAUUUUAAUAGAUAAUUGUACCUAUGUAUAAAGUAUAAUAAAUAGGCAACUAUAUAAGAUCUUUGACUACACCUUGUUUUUCUUCUUUGAUCUUUGAUCUACUUUAGUCCGCAACUUUUUCUUAUGUACUCGUAAUUAUUGGGUUUAAAUUUUUAGCUUAACGUAGGUAUGUUUUUCUAAAACUUGUUACUGUGAAUCGCUCGUGGCGUGUCGUGUCACGCCAGCAGCCUAUCGGCUUCAUACGUUUGCCAUGGUUAGAGAUAAAUAAAUAUGACAAUUUUAAAACGUAUGAGUGAAAUCAAGGCGUUCUCUGCCACGACACGACACGCUAAGCAUGCAUGCGCUAAUAGUACCUAAUAUUGUAUUUCGGAGUUGAGUGCGUCUCUAUUAUUCUCAUGCCUCGGUCGCGCUUAUCGUAACAACAUUCGUGGCCACUUAUAAUAAUAACGAAAUUUAUCGUAGGAAUAUUAUCGCGAUUUAUAGUGAAAAUCAUUAAGACCUCCACUUUGCCGAUGCGUACGGGCCGACUGAAGUGUGGCCGCGCAUCGCGAAGUUCAUCGCGACAAAACCCUUUUAUGUUCGAGAGUUUACCGACAGCGGAGCGAUAAGCCCGAAAUUCUCUUCGUCCGAAAUGCCGAAGGGUUCGCGAAUACUUGGCUACACAUGUCGGGAUAACGUGAAUAUUCGGGUUAUCGCGAAUAAUCGCGAUGAGUGUGGCCGAGGCAUCAAUGACAUUUUGUAGAAACGUCGGUUCGUUUUGAUUCGUUUCGUUAUUGUCAAACGUCAAAAUUCAAACGUCAACUUCGUAUCUAAAGUCUAGGCAUUCCCGUAUUUCCCGUUCCCGGUUAUCCAGUUGUUUACUGUUGUUAAUAUAACCUCUUUAGAUUUAUUCAUUUUUCAUUAUUAAUAACUGAUUAAGUGUUGUUUCUUUGCCGUUUAAUUUAUAAACCUACCUUUUUUAUGUUAAACAGACACAGAACAGUACAUUUAAUCUUAACGUUAUGCUUUAAGUGCGUUUUGUGAAUUAUUGUGAAUCCUUGAACAGUUACAAAUAGGUAAACACAAUGGCUUUCUCAUUCGGAACCCCUAGUACCCAAACAUCAACGUUCGGGGCUGCAGCAAAACCAACAUUUUCAUUUGGUGGAGGUACUACAACAACAAGCAGUGCUGGUUUUGGUGGUUUUGGAAAUACUUCCACAUCAACAGGUUUUGGUGGAUUUGGUGCUACAGCAACUAGUACAGCUGCACCAUUUGGAGGGUUGGGAUCUACACCUGCAUCUACAGCCCCAUCCUUGUUCGGCGGAACAGGCUUUGGCUCCACUGCAGCUAAACCAGCAACAGGUUUUGGAAAUACUUCAUUUGGUACCAGCACAUUUGGUACAACACCAGCAUUUGGCCAAUCUACAUUUGGUAGCACUGCUCCAACAUUUGGCACCAACACCCUUGGCUCCAAUACCUUUGGCGCACCGUUCGGUGGUGCUACAAACACAUUCAAUUCUGGGUUUGGAGCUAAACCGGGAACUGGAUUCACUGGAUUUGGAAAUCUUGGAGCUGCACCACAGUUUGGACAGCAGCAACAAGCGCAGCAGCAGCAACAACAGCAACAGGCGCAGGGUCCCACGUCAGCUCAUGAGGCUCUUGUGGCCGCCGUCUUUAACUGCUGUGUCUUCGGAGAUGAGAGGGACCAAGUGCUGGCCAAGUGGAACCUCAUACAGGCACAGUGGGGAACUGGUCAAGCCUACUACAGUCGUAACGCGCCGCCUUUAGAGCUGAACGAACAGAAUCCACUAUGCAGGUUCAAGGCGGUAGGAUACUCCCGGCUCGGCGGCCGCGAGGACAAGGAUGGUCAUGUGGCCAUGUUGUUCAACAAACCUGAACAGGAGAUCAAAAAUAAUCAGCAGGCUCUCACAACAUCUCUGCAAGGUUUAAUGGGAAACAAACCCAAUUUAGCAGUCACUAUAGAAUGUGUUAAAGCUGUCUCCGAGAACAAAACUCAGGUUGUAAUAUACGUAGUGGAUAAAGGAGCAGGUAAUACGCACAUAUCUGCAUCAGAGUUAAGCAACUUUUUGAACGCGGGCGCGGCUCGCAACGCUUUGAACGGCGCGGGCUGCACCACCGUGUCGCCUGUGACGACGCCCUCGCCGCAAAUGUUGGCGCAGUACUUACAAACUGCACCCCCUGGAAUGGACAUGCGACUCUGGAAGCAAGCUCAAGCUGAUAAUCCUGACCCCGAAAACUACAUUCCUGUGCCUAUCAUUGGAUUUUCUGAAAUAAAGUUCCGCAGCGGGUGCCAGGAGCAGCAGGCGCGGCUGCAGGCGCAGUGGCUGCAGCGCGCGGCGGCCGACCUGGCCGAGCUGCGCACGCGCCGCGCCGCCUCCGCCGCGCGACUCGCGCAGCUCGCCGCCACGCUGCACGCGCGCAGGCACACGCUGCUGCAGGUGGUAGCUCGGCGCGAGGUGAUGGGUCGCGUGGGCGCGGCGCUGUCCCCCGAGGAGGAGGCGGCGAGGGCGCGGCUACACGAGCUCACCUCACAACUUGCUGCGCCGCCAUUGUACAAUGGUCGUCUGAACGAGUUGUUAUGCGCGGUACGACUGCAGCGCAGCGCAAGCGCAGGGGCGUCGCAUGAGCGGUACCAUCUGGAUCCUGGUGCACAAGAAGACGUGAAGCAGUUCUUGUCUCUACAGCAGAAGGGCAUGGCUCAUCUAUUGGAUACUGCCCGUAAGGACUUAGCAGCUCUCGGAACAAUUGCUGAAGGCAUGUCGCGGCUUGUCCGAGCCUAAGUGGUAGCAUAUUUAUUCUGUUAUUUUU